UAUCCUUUCCCAUAUGUGCAUAUACAUUUAAUCUGCAGUUUAAAGACAUUAUUAGGAAAAUGAGAUGCGCAUCAUUGUAUGUGCUUGUAUUACUGACUGCAUACAGCUUUAUAUUUCAAGACCCUGCACACUGUUUAGAUGAAUUUACUACUUCUGAUUUGGAAAAAAGUGAAGAAGAGGACUUUUCUGAGCCUGCCGAACAGUUGCUAGAAGAAUACCAGAGGAGUCUCAGUGUGGACGAUUCCAAAGAAUGGGAGCCAAAGGCUACUGUUAGGACAAGCAGCCCGACUAUCAGCAAACUACCCAAUGCACUCGCUAAUCUACCCCUUCGGUUUGGAAGAGCUCUGCAGAACAGAUUCACCCAGUCCAUUGCAAAUCUGCCACUCAGAUUCGGUAGAACACUGGAAUACCCCGUACCAAGAGCAAUUUCCAAUUUACCACAAAGAUUUGGAAGGUCACCAGUGCUUAAAACUUCAGCUGCCAACUUGCCACAGAGAUUUGGCAGAUUCACAGCAAUGCCACAGUUUUUAUGGUCUACUGCAAAUUUGCCCAAAAGGCUUGAAAGACAUCUGCCUGUCAGUCGGCUACCUUAUUCCAUGCUACUAUUCCCUCUUGGCCUGGAAGGGCCUCAACACACAGGAGACAUGGCAUCAGAUCUGAGCAUGGGCACUGAUGAAUAAGGACAAAACAGAGCAAUGAGUCACACAACUUGGGGCCUGAACACAAAACCCUGUAAAUAAAGGCAACAUAAUGAUGGCCUGGAUGGCAUGCACGUCUUAAAUUUUGUAUAAAUAAUCACGCUAAAGUGUGAUCAUUUUUGUGUAAGUUUGUGUAACAAUUUCAUGAGAUGGCUCGAAUUUAUGUGCUGUACCACACUAUCUGCAUUUUCUGUAUUCAUAACAUUUUAUGUACAAAUAAAUAUUGCAUAACAUUAUCAGAUUGGAAUGCAACAUUUUGCUAAGUACAUGAGACUCCUAAGUCAAACAGGAGCAUUACUUGAAAUGUACAUUGUAACAGUACUUUUUUGAUAAACCUAUAAUGAUUAAAACUAUACCUAACCGAA